AUGGCGCAACCGCAGACUGUCAGAUUUGACGUCGAGCCCACACACCGUUUCGCGAACCUUCAAGCUGCAAUACGGCGGCCACGAGAAAUUACUUGUUUCUCGUACGAUGAAGAGCACAAGUUCCGCCAUGACGCCUCCAGUUUGCGGUACUACUACCCUCCCUCGUUGCCUUGCGACCUGAACAAAGGGUUCGAUACUUUUCGUCAGCUUGACGACACAGCGGAUGACCAUCUUGAUGGUUUAUUAGAAGCAGUCAUGGCCUACGAAAAGGUGAAGGGUUCAAAGGUGGAGACAGACCUGAUUACAUGGCGAGUCCCCUUUUCGAAAUUGGAUAGCUGGGAGAUGAAUGCGACUAUGUUUCAGGGUACAGUGUUUAUCGAAGAAAAUCACAAAAAGAAGCUGUCCUCCCGAGACGAGCAAUACCAGGCAAUUGCGCAUCCGGGUGCAAUGUCCCAAAACCUUAUGAGUUUCUGGGGAUAUAAAUUCGAGACUCUAGCACUAUUGAAUGACCCGUGGUCCAGCACUUCUCGAAGCUAUAUUGAGUCUCGGGAGGACCAGGUUGUGAGCAACUAUGCACAAUACUGCUCAGUAGUCCGGACCGGGUUCGGCAAGGUCAAGAUGAUUAUCGGCGGAGAAGUAGAUGCGGUUUUAGAUCACAAGCCAGAAGACAAAAGUCAGCAAAUCAACUGGGUCGAACUUAAGACGUCUGCUAUUGUUCGAAACGACCGUGACCAAGUCAAGUUGGAAAGGAAGCUUCUUAAGUUUUGGGCACAAUCUUUUCUUCUUGGCGUCCCCAAAAUCGUCGUUGGAUAUCGAGAUCAGCAGGGAAUGCUAGAACGGCUCGAGGAACUCGAUACGCAAACCAUUCCCGAGAAGGUUCGAACUAAUGGUAAGGGCUUAUGGGACGGCCAAGUAUGCAUCAAUUUUGCUUCAAGCUUUCUUGAAUGUACGUUUGAAUCCAUUCCGUCUGAUUUAACUGACAAAGUAUGGUAG